AUGGUAAAUAGAAAUAUUUCUUAAUGUUCUUAAAGAUGGAGAAGAAUAAAUCCUUAAAAAAUGCGGAAUCCUUGGACUCCUGAAUAAGAUAAAAUGCUUCAAGAACUAUAUAAUUAAUAUGGUAAAAAUUGGGGAUUAAUAUCAGAAUAUAUUAAAGGAAAAACUGGCAAGUAAAUAAGGGAAAGAUAUAUAAAUAAAUUAGAUCCUAUGAUUCAUAAAUAGGCUUGGACUGAGAAAGAAGACCAAAUUAUAUUAGAUUCUUACAUAACUAAAGGACCUAAAUGGUCAUUUAUUUCAUCUAAGCUAGAUGGAAGGUCAGAAAAUAUGUAUAGUUAACCUACAGACUCCGAAUAGUGUACUUACUGA